GUGAUGAAAGGAAAACGAACAUAUCUGCCACCUGCUGUUUACACUCUAUCUAGAAAGGAGAAGAAAACAUUGUGUAAGUUCCUCAGUGAAGUUAAAGUUCCAGAAGGCUACUCUUCAGAUAUUAGAAGACUUGUGUCCAUGAAAGACCUCAAGUAAAAGAGUUUGAAGACGCAUGAUUGCCAUGUUAUAAUGGAACACUUUUUACCAAUAGGUAUACGUUCUAUUCUGCCAGAAAAAGUAAGAAGCGCAAUAACUAAGCUGUGUUUCUUCUUCAGGUCAAUUUGCAGUAAGGUGGUCGAUCCCGCGAUCUUACCAACAUUGCAAAAAGAGAUAGUUGUUACUUUAUGUGAUCUUGAAAUGUAUUUUCCUCCCUCGUUUUUUGACAUAAUGGUUCAUCUAGUCGUUCAUCUUGUGAAAGAGACACAAUUGUGCGGACCAGCUUAUAUGAGAUGGAUGUACCCUGCUGAACGUUAUAUGAAAAUAUUAAAAGGGUACGUGAAAAACAGAAGUCGACCGGAGGGUUGUAUUGCCGAACGAUACGUUGUUGAAGAAGCGGUUGAGUUUUGUACUGAAUAUCUGUCAAAUGUUCAAUCAAUUGGACUCCCCAAAUCUCAUAUUGUCGAAAAAAAAGAAGGAAAAAGGCUAAUUGGAAAUAAAGUUGUGACAGUAUCAAUGGUCGAACGGGAUCAAGCGCACUUGUAUGUUCUGCACAAUGAGAUUGAGGUUGAGCCGUAUGUUGAAAUGCACAAGGUUGUUCUCCGAGAUUUAAAUCCAAAUAGAAAUGAGAACUGGAUAGUACGAGAGCACAAUCGAAGUUUCAUACCGUGGUUUAGGGAUCAUAUUUAUUCAAAGUAUCAUUCAGAUCCUGCUUCAGUAACAGAAAGGUUGAGAUGUUUAGCCUAUGGUCCAAGUGUAAUUGUGCUUUCUUAUAGCGCAUACGCAAUUAAUGGAUACACAUUUUAUACCAAAGAACAGGAUGAUAAAAGUACUAUGCAAAAUAGUGGUGUUACCUUGGUAGCUGAAGCAAUGCACAUAUCAAGUGCGAAUGACUUAAAUCCGAAAUUUGCAAAUUUGUCAUAUUUUGGGGUUAUCGAGCGCAUUUUGGUGUUUGAUUACGCGAAGUUUCAGAUUCCUGUAUUUGGUUGCAAGUGGGUUGAAAAUAAUAGUGGCAUACGAAUGGAUAAGUCAGGAUUUUUGCCAGUGGAUCUCAAUAGGGUAGGGUACAAAGAUGAGCCUUUCAUUCUAGCCUCUCAAGCUAAACAAGUGUUCUAUGUCAAUGAUCCGACAAGUACGAAAUGGUCUAUAGUGCUUUUAUCUAACAAAAUAGUUGAUGAAAACAUUGAAGAUCAAGGUGAUAUUGGUGUUGGCAUUGAAUCUUGUACAAGAAACGAUCAAAAUGAGAAUGAAUCGUGUACUAGAAAUGAUCAUAAUGAGGGUAUUUGGAUCAAUCCAACCGUCCGCGUUGUUAAGAGACGCGUAGAACACAAUCCUACCAAGAAAAGAAAGAGACGUUAGUGAUAAAGGUUCAAUGGCUCCGGAUAGAGAUGCUCCACCUGAAAACUCACAAGAAAACUCACAAGAAAGAGAUGCUCAAGAAAGAGAUGCCACAGAU